AUGUUUUCGACUAAUCUUAGUUUUUUAAUUUUCGUGCUUCAAGAUAUAUUCUUGGUCUUUGGUACACUUAUCAUUUCUUAUAUCAUUUAUUUUUAUAUUUCUUAUUUCACUCGUUUAAAUCCAUUGCCUGGUCCUCUUCCUUUACCAAUUGUUGGAAAUUCUCUUGCGUAUUCUGGUGAUGCAGGGAAAUUGGCUCAAGAGUUACGUGAAAAAUACGGUGACAUUUAUGAAAUUUACUUAGGUUCAACUCGUACCGUUUGGUUAAAUCGGGCUGACAUGGCAGACAAAAUUAUGUCAGCAAAUAAUCGUACAAGCGAAAAUUUUAAUUUAGAUGAAAUAGGUGUUUCUGACAAAGGAUUUCUUUUUAAUAGAAAUCUUAAUGAUGUGAUUUUUCAUCGAAAAAUUUUUGAUAAAACUAUUAUGACUUCACAAUUUGGUAAAAAAUUUGUGACCAUAACUCAAUCAUUAUUCAAAGAAUUGGAAUCACUUUGGAAAGAUAACGGGUGCCUUGAAGGGGAUAAAGAAAUUGAUUUUAUUUUAUGGAUGGAAAGAUUUGGUUUUGAAUGUAUUUUGAAAUUAACCACCAAUUUUCGAGCAUACGCUUUAAUCAAUUAUUAUAACUUGUUAAAUUAUAAGCAAAAAGUUAAAGUUCCAGAGAGUUCUUUAUCUUCAAUUGAUACAGAAGGAUUUACAAAGAGUUUGCACGCUUAUUUUCAUAUUCUUCAUCACUUCUUUUUCUCUGUUAAAUGUUUGUUGCGAGCCCCUGGAAAAAGAAAAACUACAAAUUAUUUUUUAAGAAAUAAAGAUUCAUUAGAUUCUAAUAUUAUGAACAUAAUAAAAUUGCAAAAAUCCCAGAUUGAAAAUUCUAGUACAGAUGAACCACCUGAAAACCAAGAUCUUUUAACUCAAUUAUUAAUGUCAGAUGUUAAAGAUGUUAAUGUCAGACAAAACUUAGUUGAAAUAUUGAAUGUCUUGCAACAAAUUCAAGAAGAAUUAGUAAAUGUAAUAGGAACCAAUGAAGUUUCAGAAAUUACCCUUGAAGACCUGAAUAAACUAAAGUAUUGUAAGGCAGUUUUAACAGAAGGUACAGAUUUACACAAAUUCUUCGAGUUUCCAUAA